AUGGUUUCAGGAGCUGGUAAUCUUUGUAUUGUCAUGCCUAAAUACUCAGUGGGGCUGAAGGAGUUGGUUACACAUAGAAACCCGCUAAAGAAGAAGAAGAGAAAUGAUAGACUUAGGGACUACAACAGCAUGAGGGACUUCCUGCGAGAACUUCACCGGGAAAGAGAUGUGGAAGAGAAGACAGCAAACGAGAUGAUGGAAUUAGUUGCUGGGAAAUGUGCCAAGACAACGGAUCAUGGUGGCGACCAUAGUGGUGGCGACCCUAGUGGUGGCGACCCUAGUGGUGGCGACCCUAGUGGUGGCGACCCUAGUGGUGGCGACCCUAGUGGUGGCGACCCUAGUGGUGGCGACCCUAGUGGUGGCGACCCCAGUGGUGGCGACCCCAGUGGUGGCGACCAUAGUGGUGGCGACCCUAGUGGUGGCGACCCUAGUGGUGGCGACCCUAGUGGUGGCGACCCUAGUGGUGGCGACCCUAGUGGUGGCGACCCUAGUGGUGGCGACCCUAGUGGUGGCGACCCCAGUGGUGGCGACCCCAGUGGUGGCGACCCUAGUGGUGGCGACCCUAGUGGUGGCGACCCUAGUGGUGGCGACCCUAGUGGUGGCGACCCUAGUGGUGGCGACCCCAGUGGUGGCGACCCCAGUGGUGGCGACCAUAGUGGUGGCGACCAUAGUGGUGGCGACCAUAGUGGUGGCGACCAUAGUGGUGGCGACCCCAGUGGUGGCGACCCCAGUGGUGGCGACCCUAGUGGUGGCGACCCCAGUGGUGGCGACCCCAGUGGUGGCGACCAUAGUGGUGGCGACCCCAGUGGUGGCGACCCUAGUGGUGGCGACCCUAGUGGUGGCGACCAUAGUGGUGGCGACCAUAGUGGUGGCGACCAUAGUGGUGGCGACCAUAGUGGUGGCGACCAUAGUGGUGGCGACCAUAGUGAUGGCGACCAUAGUGGUGGCGACCCCAGUGGUGGCGACCCCAGUGGUGGCGACCCCAGUGGUGGCGACCAUAGUGGUGGCGACCAUAGUGGUGGCGUCCAUAGGGGUGGCGACCAUAGGGGUGGCGACCCCAGUGGUGGCGACCCCAGUGGUGGCAACCCCAGUGGUGGCGCCCCCAGUGGUGGCGACCGCAGUGGUGGCGACCGCAGUGGUGGCGACCCCAGUGGUGGCGACCCCAGUGGUGGCGACCCCAGUGGUGGCGACCCCAGUGGUGGCGACCCCAGUGGUGGCGACCCCAGUGGUGGCGACCAUAGUGGUGGCGACCCCAGUGGUGGCGACCCCAGUGGUGACGACCCCAGUGGUGACGACCCCAGUGGUGGCGACCCCAGUGAUGGCGACCCCAGUGGUGGCGACCCCAGUGGUGGCGACCCCAGUGGUGGCGACCCCAGUGGUGGCGACCCCAGUGGUGGCGACCCCAGUGGUGGCGACCCCAGUGGUGGCGACCCCCAUGGUGGCGACCCCAGUGGUGGCGACCAUAGUGGUGGCGACCAUAGUGGUGGCGACCAUAGUGGUGGCGACCAUAGUGGUGGCGACCAUAGUGGUGGCGACCCCAGUGGUGGCGACCCCAGUGGUGGCGACCCCAGUGGUGGCGACCCAAGUGGUGGCGACCAUAGUGGUGGCGACCAUAGUGGUGGCGACCAUAGGGGUGGCGACCAUAGGGGUGGCGACCCCAGUGGUGGCGACCCCAGUGGUGGCGACCCCAGUGGUGGCGACCCCAGUGGUGGCGACCCCAGUGGUGGCGACCCCAGUGGUGGCGACCCCAGUGGUGGCGACCAUAGGGGUGGCGACCCCAGUGGUGGCGACCCCAGUGGUGGCGACCCCAGUGGUGGCGACCCCAGUGGUGGCGACCCCAGUGGUGGCGACCCCAGUGGUGGCGACCCCAGUGGUGGCGACCAUAGGGGUGGCGACCAUAGGGGUGGCGACCAUAGGGGUGGCGACCAUAGUGGUGGCGACCAUAGUGGUGGCGACCAUAGUGGUGGCGACCAUAGUGGUGGCGACCAUAGUGGUGGCGACCACAGUGGUGGCGACCACAGUGGUGGCGACCACAGUGGUGGCGACCACAGUGGUGGCGACCACAGUGGUGGCGACCACAGUGGUGGCGACCACAGUGGUGGCGACCACAGUGGUGGCGACCACAGUGGUGGCGACCACAGUGGAGUCGACCACAGUGGAGGCGACCACAGUGGUGGCGACCAUAGUGGUGGCGACCAUAGUAGAGGCGACCAUAGUGGUGGCGACCAUAGUGGAGUCGACCAUAGUGGAGGCGACCAUAGUGGUGGCGACCAUAGUAGAGGCGACCAUAGUGGUGGCGACCAUAGUGGUGGCGACCAUAGUAGAGGUGACCCUAGUGGUGGCGACCAUAGUAGAGGCGACCAUAGUGGUGGCGACCAUAGUGGUGGCGACCAUAGUGGUGGCGACCAUAGUGGUGGCGACCAUAGUGGAGGCGACCAUAGUGGUGGCGACCAUAGUGGUGGCGACCAUAGUGGUGGCGACCAUAGUAGAGGCGACCAUAGUGGUGGCGACCAUAGUGGAGUCGACCAUAGUGGAGGCGACCAUAGUGGUGGCGACCAUAGUAGAGGCGACCAUAGUGGUGGCGACCAUAGUGGUGGCGACCAUAGUAGAGGUGACCAUAGUGGUGGCGACCAUAGUGGUGGCGACCAUAGUGGUGGCGACCAUAGUGGUGGCGACCAUAGUGGUGGCGACCAUAGUGGUGGCGACCAUAGUAGAGGUGACCAUAGUGGUGGCGACCAUAGUGGUGGCGACCUUAGUGGUGGCGACCAUAGUGGUGGCGACCAUAGUAGAGGUGACAAUAGUGGUGGCGACCAUAGUAGAAGUGACCAUAGUGGUGGCGACCAUAGUGGUGGCGACCAUAGGGGUGGCGACCAUAGUAGAGGUGACCGUAGUGGUGGCGACCACAGUGGUGGCGACCAUAGUAGAGGUGACCAUAGUGGUGGCGACCAUAGUGGUGGCGACCACAGUGGUGGCGACCAUAGUGGUGGCGACCACAGUGGUGGCGACCAUAGUGGUGGCGACCACAGUGGUGGUGAAAGUGAGUGUAGCAUAUUAGAAGGUUUAGCUUCAAAUUUCAUGUGUUGUCGAGAGCUGCUCAAUACCUUCACGCCAAUAACUGUGUUAAUGGACAAAAUUUUCUCACUUAUGGCAGUGUUCCACCCAGACAAGACGAAACCACAACCAAACUACAACUUGGUGGGACUGAGGGAGGUGAUCCGCCACCUGAAGGAGGACCUCAGAAAGGACACGGAGCACAGACACAACUGCAACCUGCCCCGAGAGGAGAGGGGAGCCUUGUCAACACUGAAGAUGAGAACGGACAUCGUGAUUAAACCCGCGGAUAAGGGAGGCUCCGUCAUCAUCUGGAGACAGGAUAACUAUACACAAGAAAUGGAACGACACCUGUCGGACACGGCGGCGUCCCACUGGAUCACAAGGCAAGACGCUGCUCAGAAGAACGCCCUGACAAUGAGCAGGAAUCUAGUCAUCAAGCUUUUUGAAAAUAAAGCCAGAGAAUGGUGGGCUCAUGCAAGCUAG